CCCACCCGAUGUGACGAAUGGCCAUGUGUCCAACGUUGUAAGUUAUUCGCCACAUCGAAAAUUUAGAUGAGCGACGUGGCAACAUCGAUAGCUGUUAUGUCAGCCUGUCAGCCAAAUUGUUGGUGGAUAAUAUUGUCGUUUGCGUUUGCGGAGUCCCGUAUUCGUCGGAACUGUUGUGGUGGGAAUCAAGAAUUUAAACAUUUUAUCAUUUCAUAUCAAACCAGAUAGAACCUUCAAGGUCACACAUUGACUUUGUUAUUGUCUAUAGUGCGCGCUGAACGAAAACACAACUAAACGUAUUUUAUUAGUGCACCAAAAAAUAGAAGAAAGAUGCGGUUAACGCCGAGGUAUUUUCAAAAUAUGUCCAAAAUGCUGGACUUCUAUUCCCAGUUCAAUCCAUCGCCGUUAUCGAUAAAGAAGUUCAUCGAUUUUGGGUUGAAUGCAUCUGAGAGGAAAUCUUUCAUCUUUCUCCGUAAGGAACUCCCUGUUCGCUUGGCCAACAUUAUGAAAGAAAUCGCCCUACUGCCAGAAAAUCUGUUACGGAUGCCAAGUGUCGUGGCUGUAAACGAUUGGUAUAUGCGCAGUUUUCAAGAGAUUUUAGAAUUUGAGAAAAAAGAACCCGACGCUGAAACACUGGAGCAUUUCUGUAACGAAUUAGUUAAAAUCAGAAACAGACAUAGCGAUGUAGUAGAAACCAUGGCCCAAGGUGUUCUAGAAUUGAAAGAAUCCCAUGAUGUAGAUCAUCAUACGGAGCACAGCAUACAGUAUUUCUUAGACCGCUUCUAUAUGUCUAGGAUAUCAAUACGUAUGUUGAUAAAUCAACAUAGUCAGCUGGAGAGCGCGCCUGGGCCCAAUAGGAGCAAAUACAUUGGCUGCAUAGACACCCAGUGUGACAUCAUCAGCGUCAUCAAGGACGCCUACGAGAACGCACGCUUCCUAUGUGAUCAGUAUUAUUUGGCAUCACCGGAUCUUAUCAUUGAUGUGUUCUAUCAUAAUGAAUGUGAAAAGGAAUCUGGAAUCCAGAUCGUGUAUGUGCCCUCACACCUAUAUCACAUGCUCUUCGAGCUAUUCAAGAACGCCAUGAGAGCAGUAAUGGAAUAUCAUUCUUCUGAAGACAAGUAUCCGCCAAUUAAUGUUACUCUAUCCAAAGGCAAGGAAGACAUCUGCCUCAAGAUGUCUGACAGAGGUGGAGGCAUUUCCCGUUCUACCACCGACCACCUGUUCAAGUACAUGUACUCAACUGCCCCACAGCCAAGCAAGUCUGACGCUCAUACUGUCCCAUUGGCAGGAUACGGAUAUGGAUUGCCAAUCUCACGUCUUUACGCCAGGUAUUUCCACGGAGACCUCAUGCUGCUCACUUGCGAAGGCCUAGGAACUGAUGCUGUUAUCUACAUGAAAGCCUUGACAAAUGAAGCUAACGAACUACUACCAGUCUUUAGCAAGACCACAUCCAAGUUCUACAGGACGAUCGUCCAGACUGGCGAUUGGUCAAAUCAAGCGGCUGUCAUUGGUGACAGACAGAUCAGCACCAAGAUGCGCAGUCAUCAAUUGCCACAAUCAUGCGAUGAGUCCCUGUCUGGAACCGGGGCGCUAUAGCGACCUAGGGAUGAAGAUCAACAGGAUGCGUUCACUCAAUUAUUUUAGUUACAUAUUUCGUUGACGUUGUUUUACUUUGUAAAUGGUCUUUACUGGUGAGUUCAGGGGUCCAGAACACUUUUACUAUGGUUUGUUUAUUUGUGGCCUAGGCUUAAACUAUAAUUAGUUCUAUGACCGAUUCAUAAAAUAACACUAUUAAGAUUAUGUCCAACACCCACAGUUCAUUUGCAUCACAGGUUUAUUACUUUCCAAGUAAUACACCAACAUUCUAAUUUUCGAGUUUCUAGGCGUAAAAGUCUCAUAUAUUAAUACAGUGUUGCGUAUCUGCUUCAUAUUGUUAAAAUCGUGAAACAAAAUUGUUCAUUUUUCAGCUUAAUAUUAUAUUUAGGAUGUAGUAGAACUAGUACAUUCUGAAACACGUAGGGAAGUUUGGGGCAAAGUGGCUACCUUUAACUUCAAAAUACCAAAAAUACUUUAUAGAAAAUUAGAAUGAGACGCACAACCAUGCCAAUCGCUUUAUUUGUGAAAGAACUUUAUUUUAAAUGGUCUGUUGUUUCUAAAUAAGUGCUACAAAAAAAAUAGAAAAAAUAGGUUGCUAUAAAUUAUCCACUUUGCCCCUGUAUGGGGUAAAGUGGAUAUGUGUAUAGGGGUAAAGCGGACACUAUCUAAAAGUAAAUAGGACUUCGAUGAAUAGAAUUUUUAUUAACACUUUCAGGGUGAAAAAAUAAACUACAUAGAAUAAAGUACCAAUCAUCCAAAAAAUGACACAAACAUAGUUUCUUGAAAGGAAAAAAGUUCGUAGCAGAAAAGUUAACAAAAUUAUAAUCUAGUGAAUUUCGUUAUACGAAAAAGGUUUUGGUAACGUCCAUAAUAUUGAAGAACUACUAAGACUAAACAGAACUAUUCAGUCGAGACGUAUUAUCUUCUGCUUUAAAAGACCCGUAUUUUGCCAUACCUUAGAGACCGAACUCUAAUUUUCCCCAAAAUUUCUUCUUUUAAAACUUCACUAAAAUCCUUAACUUCAGGAAAACCAUAAAUGUCUUUCGACUGCCGAUAUUGUCGCAAAAAUGACACAUUGAUCUUAGUUUCUGGAAUCUUUUCAAUGCUUAUUAUUUGAGCAACAAAACGUUUUUUUGUCAUUUUGUCAGAUGUUAAUUCUGUCAAAAUAAAAUCAUCUGCAUUGAGGUUUUCAACUUCAGCUUCGAUGUUAAAUUCGUUGUUUUAGGAUAAAAUUCGAUAUCGCUAUUGUCUGAAUCGCAAGAAGAAUCCUCUAGCUCCACUUCAACUGAGCUAUCUGAAGAUGUUACCUCUUCUAUGUUUCUUUCUUUUGCAGUCAAUGUUUUUCCCCUGCCAUCAAAUCUUUUUUGACCAUUUUUUUCUUGGCUUUAGAUAUUUGGGUUUUAUUUGCUGCUUUUUUUAGUUCUUCAUAAUUAGGGCUUGAAGUGAGCACCAUAGUUUUUCCUUGUGUCAUUUUUCGUUUUGGAGCUCUUGCUUCGCCUGCGUUAGGUAAUGCCAAUAUAUCUUUAGGUGAAUAGUAAAUAUUUCUUUCACUAAGAAUAGGGGCUGUAGGCUCUGCGUUUCUAAUAGGAGAUGGUGUUCUAGCGCUAGAGGGACCUGGUUGUGGAGAGUUACUGAUUUGUUGGUUAUUCGGUUGUUGUAGGGGUUGCAGAGUUAUUGGGCAGUCUUCAUUGAGAGCUCCAUCUGUGGCAUCUGCUGGUUUAAAUGCAUCUUCUGGAAAUACAUCAGGGUUAAAGGGAUAAAUCCCCGUUGCUUUGAAACCAUUGAUAGCAUUUUGUGUUGUUGCGGCGCGUUUAAAAGCAUUUCCAAAAAGCUCUCCGACUUGAUAAAAAGUUAUUGCCCUUCCAGGGUUAUUAAUAAGCCAUUUUUUCGUUUCUUGUUGGUAGUAUGAAUUUAGUGGAAACAUGAAGGCUACAUCCAAGGGUUGUAGACGGUGAGAUGUAUGUGGUGGUAUCACAAUAAUGUGCACGUGAUUUGCCCUUGCUUUCUCGACCAACGUUAGAUUCUUUGUGUGAGUGGCAUCCCAUCUAAGACCAGUAAAACAGGAUCAGUCUCGGUAGGUUUGGAAUAGUUUAGAAAGUGUUCAAACCAAGCCUCUGAAAAUAUUUCAAUUUGCAUCCACCCUGAUGGAUGAUAUUCCACGAUUGAUUCUGGAGGAAGUCCUUGCUCGAGUGGUGGACGUUUUCUAACUCUUGGAAAGAUCAGGAGGGGAGGGAUGUAAAAUCCAGUGGCGUUGAAACAAAUUUUGGCAGUUGUUAGAGUGCAUCUUUCAGAGGAAGAAAGACUGCCCACUUGUUUUUAUCCUUUCAUGGAGAAUAUUCUUGAGGCCCUAUACCCGUCUCGUCGCAGUUGAAAAUUCUACUGGCUGGGAAUUUGUAUUUUUUGUAGCAUUUGUCCCAAUAAAGUAAAACAUGAAUUAACGUUGUAUUUAUUAAAUGACGAAGCCCUAGCUGCCGAGGUGUAUUCUGGAAGCCUCAAAGAAAUAUAUUGGUUUCUUUUUAGAAAUCCAUAGAUCCAAUCACGCCCUGCAAGUACUUUAGCUGCGUUAAAGAUGUGUGCAAUAUUGUUUUUUUUUUCGCAAAUUGGAAGGCAAGGUGCCUUAACUCCCUCGUGCCAAGACCAAAAAGCCUACUUUCCAUCUCUAAGAUAUAAUCGGCCAGCUCCUUCUCUUGUUCUGCCGAAAAAAACCGUUCUAAAUCGACCUAACAAUUUUCUAGCUGCUGCAAAGGGUUCGUUGUUAGAACUUAAUCGUCUCCAAAGAGUUGUUAAAGGAACGUGGUAUUGUGCUGCUGCCUUUUUUGCGGAAAGUAUCCCGUGUAACGUCUUGUAUUGCUGCUGCCAUACUUUCCUCUGACCAAGAGUGCUGCUGGCUCUUGCGCUUAUAUUUACGCACCAUUGCGCCAAUUCUUUAAAAAAGGAAAUUAUUUUGAUUAUUUUUCUACUUUACUUACCUCUGAGCUUUACAAACCCGUAGCUAAAUCAAGAAUUUCUCUACUUGUAUUCCCUACAUCAAGUUCGUACAAUGAUUUCAUGCUAUGGGGUAAAGUGGCUACCGUGAUCACUUUGCCCCGCAGUUGGAAAACCACUUUACCCCAACAUACAUCGAACAAUUUAUCAACAAUAAUAUAAAUAUUACCUUUGUUUUUUAUUAAACUGCUCGUACAGACAGGCUUACUAAAUACGAAAUCUUAUUAAAAAAUAUGUAAUAUCAAACAAAUCAUAUCAACUUUAAUCGAUGCCUCUAAUUUACUUAUCUCUGAAUAUUAUAAACACAUGGCUCUAAAUUUUUCACUCACUAUAUAAAACCGCGUGCGUGCUUGAGAGCAGUUCCAACUCGACUGAUUGACUGUACAUCCAGAGAGGAAGGGCUGUACAUAGGAGCACUCAUAUUUAGAUGUCAGUAGCAUGUAGGACAUUUUGAUGCAAGCCACUUUGCCCCAGUGGCCACUUUGCCCCAAACUCCCCUAUGUGGUAGCAGCAAAAUACCGAUUUUCAAGUUUGAUGGGAUGAAACUUUUUUUGGUUUUAUUAGGUAAUAAAUGCUUCUUUGUGAAAGUUUAACUAUCCGUGAAUAGUAUGGAGCAAUUAUAAAGUAAAAUGACAUUUUGCAGCUUUGAACUGAGUAUGAUAUUUUGAACAAUUUGGUUUGAAAAAUGAAUUUUCCAUGCUAAAACAGAAAAGUGAUAUGAUAUUGUGAUUGUUUUCUAUUUUCAUUUGUAUGGGUUUAUGUAAUUAGUAAUGGUAAGUCAAAGUUAUUUUCAUAUCUAGGGAUUGGUAAAAUGAUUGUUUAACUUGUAAGAAGACACUGAAACAGUAGAAUUUCUCGGAAGAUGCCUAUAUAUUUAUAGCAUUAAAUACUUAUUUUGUUUAAAUAUAAAAAAUGGCGUCAAGAAGAUUGACUAUAUUUCCCACACAUUCAAAAACGCUUCAUUCAAAGUACAAGAUAAUGUCAAAAAUAUAUUCUAGGAAUGAAGAUGGAUGUUUUGACAAUAUUUUCUAUUUUGAAAAAUGCUACAGCUCCCGACAAAUGCUUCUUUCCCAACAUAUGUGGCCUUUAUAGGCCAAAACAAAUACAAUGAACCAGAUAAUUUCUACACAUGAAAGGUUUUUUAGGUCGUUCAAUUAUUAUCGCAUAUUUUCGCUUAAGGAGAUGUUUUGAAUCGCAGGAUCAUGAAAUUCAAAAUGACAAAUCCAAUAUUGGCCAAAAAUGAAACUAACUGUUAUGACAAUCUUCUAUACAAUAUUGAUGACAUUCUUGUACUUCCUUUUAUCUAUUUUCUUAUUCUUCAUUAUUUAGACCUGAGCCACUCUCCCAUUGUCACCUCAACUUCUGUUUUUUGCCAGGCCCCCUUUGUCAACAGAUUUUGUAACAAAGAAUAGAAAAUACAACUCGGUAAAUUUUCAUUGCAGUUUAUUAUUAUAUUGUUUCAUCUAGGAUUUUUUAUCCUCAAAAUCUGCAAAUCUGAACAUAAAUUCUUCUGUCCAUGUUUUUAAGGUUUGAGCAGUUCAAAAAAAAGUCGGUCGUAACAGAAGAUUAUCUACCUCUCAUAUACACCAUAAGAGAUGGGAGGCCAUCAGUCAUGGCUGAUAAAUUAUACUGUUCUGGUGCUUUUGAUAUAUUAUUUUAGAAUAAUUUUUUAAAAGUCUUGGAUACAAAUGCCACACUACUUUUUCUUUAUUGAAAUGCAUAUAAAAGAAAUACUACUUUACAAAUUAGUCUUUAUAGGUACAAUUGACUAAUAUUUUGAAGGCUUAAUGUAUUUCUGAAAUUUAAAAAAUCUAAGUAACUUGUCCUGUGGCAUACAUGAUGAAAUUUCCUGAUUGCUUUUAAUAACUUUCAAAUUAUCUUAAAGACGUUAAAUUAGUUUGGAAUAAACGAAUAAUCUGGAUUUGUGGUACUAUAUUUAGUAUAGAAGUAUUUUAAAAAUUCUCAUGUUUUUUCAUUCAUUUUAUUUGUUGAAGACUGUACAUAACUUGUUAAUAUUAUUUUAUUCCUUGGUAUUCUGUUAUAUAUUAUGUGAGAUUUCGUUUGAAGGCGAGAGAUGAAUAAAUAUGUUUUUAUAGAAAA